GCGGAGGGUGCAGGGAAGGGCGGUUGAGACUGAGAGACGGGGUUGCUGAGCCAGGUGGCCUGGUCUGAGCUGCUUGAGCAUUUCCUGGUGCUCUUAGCUGGUGUCUGCAGAAAUUGGUCAUGUCGCAUGGUGCAAAACAGCUGGCCGCUGGGAUCUUACAUGCCCCCGGCAAAGGCCAGCAUGGAAACUUCCUGGUCGCCAUCAAGCAGGAGAAGGGGGAGAUUCCCCGGACCAGCAGCGAGAAGCCCCAUGGCGAGGAGGAGCCAGUGAAGAAGAGGGGCUGGCCCAAAGGGAAGAAAAGGAAGAAGAUCCUGCCCAAUGGCCCCAAGGCCCCAGUGACCGGCUACGUCCGCUUCCUGAAUGAACGCCGCGAGCAGAUCCGCAUGCAGCAUCCCGACCUGCCCUUCCCAGAGAUCACCAAGAUGCUGGGAGCCGAAUGGAGCAAACUGCAGCCCACGGACAAACAGCGAUACCUGGACGAGGCGGAGCGCGAGAAGCAGCAGUACAUGAAGGAGCUGCGGGAGUACCAGCAGUCGGAGGCCUACAAGAUGUGCACAGAGAAGAUCCAGGAGAAGAAGAUCAAGAAAGAGGAUGCUGGUUCUGUGUCUGUGAACACUCUGCUGAACGGGCACCCGCACAAGGGCGGGGACUGUGGCGGGGACGGCUUCUCCACGUUUGACGUGCCCAUCUUCACCGAGGAGUUCUUGGACCAGAACAAAGCGCGGGAGGCCGAGCUGCGGCGCCUGCGGAAGAUGAACACGGAGUUCGAGGAGCAGAACGCCAUCCUGCAGAAGCACACGGAGAGCAUGAGCUGCGCCAAGGAGAAGCUGGAGCAGGAGCUGGCACUGGAGGAGAGGCAGACGCUGGCCUUGCAGCAGCAGCUCCAGUCCGUCCGGCAGGCCCUGACCACCAACUUCGCUUCUCUCCCCAUCCCAGGCACCGGAGAGACCCCCACGCUGGGCACCCUGGAUUUCUACAUGGCCAAACUGCACAGCGCCAUUGAGAGCAACCCGCUCCAGCACGAGAAGCUGGUCGUGCGCAUCAAGGAGAUCCUCUCCCGGAUAGCCAGUGAACACUUAUGAAAGGCCUGGUGUGUCCUGCGGCCCAGCGCUGACAUGGACUGGGACCCUCAGCCACCUCCUCCCACCCGCCCUGACACCUGGAAUCCGCUGGAGCCUUGCGGCUCAGCACCUCCGCCUUGCACAGAUCUUUGCUGGAGAAGGGCUUUGAGCGGGUUGAGUAACUCUUGGUCCUUCCGUGCAGCUGAGAACUGUGGGCCAGGCCCCCGUGAGGCCUUGGGGGGCAGGCCGCCAAGCAGGGACAGCAAGGCAGCUUGCGGGGUCACUUCUCGGCUCCUCCUGCGCCCCUGGCUCGCUGACUGCCAGGGCUGGGGCUCAGUGCAGCGCCCCGGAGGCAUGACUGCAUGCGCUGCAGGCUCCACCUGCCCCAUUGCAAGCUGGCCCUCGAUUCUCCAGCGAUGCUGGAAAUCCUGCAGCAGCUGCGUUAAAUUAAACCACACAGCCUUAAAGCUGACCAGAAGCUGCCCCCGGCCGCUCACUGUGACAGUAAAUCAGGUGUGUCUCGGGCUGGCCCCACCCUCCAGUUGUCAAGGUGACAGAGAAGUCUGUUUUGCCAAGGCAAGGCAGAAGCGCUCGUCGCUGGGAGGGUGCUGGUGUAGACCAGGCACUGCUGUCCUUACCCCUGUGUCACCUAGACCUGCACUGAGCAGAAGAGGACACAGCAAUGAUAAGGCCACUGUCCUGCCCAUGUUAGUGCAACUUCCCCUAAAACGGCAUCAGUGUUCAGGCAAAAAUAGAUGGGUUCCCUCUUCCCCCCACACAAAAAAUGUCUAGUGUAAACCCAGCCCAAGCUAUCAGCAGUGAAAUGGAUCAGUGUUGGCCUUUAAACUACCAUCAUUAGGUUUCAGAGUUAACCAACUGACGUGAAGGGGGCUGUUCACCCCUCUUGGAGCAAUUGUUUCAGGCUGUCUGUAGACUCAGGCGUUCACUCUUGAGUCACAUGAGGGCUGUCGCUCUUUGAAUGCUGUGAUCCUGGCACUGUGUGGUGGGGAGGGAGCUCUGCUCCCCUAUCCCUAAAAUAGCAUGGCUGAGUAUUAUGGGGCUGGCCCUUCCUAUCCCUGCUGAGCCCUGCCUGAGGGGGCCUGGGGAAGCCAUGUCUGGGGUCAGGCCAGCUCCCUUGUUCUCAGCAUGGUGUCCUCUGCCUUAGUAGCUAAGGGGCAUGUUUGUAGUGUGGAUGGGACAAACUGGGUCAGACCUGUGGCAGGCCCAGCCUGGUCAGUCUGGUUACAGUCCUGCUGCCUGGAACAGGUCCCUGCCUGCAUUUGGGUCUGUGGCAUAGAUGUGCCCUUGUCUAAUCUUAGGGUCUGUUUUCACUGCUGAGUUAACCCAGACUCUUACCCCGUGGAACCUCAACCCCCUCCUGUCCACAUACAACCCUGUCCCCUGAUGUUGGGUGGUGCUCUCAACUCCGGCUAGCUGGCCCGGGUGCCGCUUUCACUCGGCUGGGAACCUGCCCACUUUGCAGUGAGGGUGCAGGCUAAAUCACUCAGUGCUGAUAGUCCUCCAGCGCCUUUCCACAGUUUCCCCGUGUGCCCAGGAGGACAGACAAGUUCUCCCACAAUUCACUGGGAAAGACCCCUAGAGCGGCUCAGCUCACUGCAGCACACAGCACCUGGGAAGAGCCCCUGAAGUCCUAGUGCCACCCAGGUGAGUGCCAUGCUGGCGCAGGCAUAGUAGCAAGUCAGGCGCUGCUCGCCCUGGCUGGGCCGGCCUGGGUGCAGAUCACCUGCGUUACUCUGCAGUGUAGUCCUAUCCCACGACAUCUCCAGGGUUAUCAUGUUCAAUUCCCUGCCAUCCUGUCCUGAGCCCCCAGGGGUCGUGAGGGGCAGAGGCUGCUGAGGGUGGGGAGACAGCACCCAUUUACGAGCUCAGGGAAGGUGAGGCAGUGCGGUGGAGAGCUGUGCCCUGGCAGGAGGGCGCCAUUCUCUGGGCGUGGGCAGGGGUGGGAGCCCCACUCCAUCCUGGCCAUUCCUGCAGACAUCACACCAGAGAUGGCCACUGGGGGCACGUCUACACUACAGUUCAAACCCGCGGAUGGACCAUGCCAGCUGAUUCGGGCUCACAGGGCCUGGGCUACAGGGCUGUGUAAUUGUGGUGCAGACGUUCGAGGUGGGAGGGUCCCAGAGCACUGAGCCCGAAAGCCCCUUAGCCCGAGCCCUGCAAGCACAAGUCAGCUGGCCCGGGCCAGCCACGGGCUGUUAAUUGCAGUGCAGACGUGGGCUCACCGCUUAACACUUGCCAGUCAGCCAUAAAGGCUAGAGACGUGGUCUGGCUCCAAACGUCCUCGCAGCCGGGGACAGGGGGCCUGGCCCGGCUCACACAAUUCAUUCGUUUUUACAAAGAAGUUGACUGUGACCGAACCUCCGGGUGAGUAGCGAAGAGUCGCUCAGUUCCCUCCUGGAGCCUCCUUCUGUUGGUCUGUCCUGUGAGAGAUGGCGCUGGAGCGUGACGCUCUGGGCUGAGGGUUUUAGAUCCGAUCACAGCACCUCUCCAGGCAUUUUGGUGGGCAGAGUAGGGACCAAACUGCUGUGCCAAGGGCAGUGCUGGCAACUUGCCUGCAGCUUCUAGCACCGGGCACUGCCAGCACCGGUCACAGAGAGCAGCAGCUUCCUCUGCAAGGAGGGCUAGGUGUCUGUGGGAGGAGUACGGUGCGCGCUGUGCACUGCGGGUACGUGUGGCAGGAUCCCUCCUUCCCUGGGGAUGUACCAUCUGUGUGUGCUCCCACUUGGAAACGCCUGUCCGCCACCAUGGCACCAGCCCCAGCCCUGCUCAGCCAGUAGCACGGUGCUUUUCAGCCUGUGCUCCGCGGACCCCGGGGAGCCGCCGACUGUCUAAGGGCUGGUCCACACUAACCCCCCAGUUCGAACUAAGAUACGCAACUUCAGCUA